GGUAUUGCGGUUCCCUUAACAUAGGUUCAUCCUUCCGAAAACAUUUUAAGAUGGGGUUAAGUCAUACGAAACAUUUAACCUUUUUCAUUGUUUGGAGCUCUUUGGCGAAGCAAUCGAGCAAACCGCGCCUUUCCCCGCAAUUGUCUGCCGUUUCCUUGACGACGUCCGUCUUGUUAUGUCAAUUUUUUGAGAGAAUAUCUUUGUGUAACAUUUCGUAAUUUCUUGUAAAUUUGUACGUUUAUGAAUUAGUCGUUUUCAAAAUGGGUGAUGCACAAUUUGGGGUGCGACAUGUGAUUGGGGCUCCAGUGGCCACCACCAGACUCGCUGAACAGGCCAUAGUAUGCAUGCCGCCGAGGGCUGCCAAGUUUACUCUCGCCGAAUGGAAACUGAGCAACAACCAACGAUGCAGGAACACAGAAGACCAGCAACAGCUGGCAGACAGGGUACUCAGAGAAAGCGAAAGGAUCCGCACGGAGACUGGCGAGAGAGCAGAUAUUAUGAAAGCCACCGUCGACAGGAGACUGGAAGAACGCAUUGGGGACGUAGCGUUCGUCAAGAAUGAACUGCAAAUUCAACGGAAAGAAAUAUGCAUUGAAUUAGAAGCUCUUAGCCUAUACAAGACCAGGCUUCUAGACUGUCUUGCGUCAUUACAAACGAAUGCUUUGACUAUAUGCCGAAAAUGUUUGAUGUUGAGAGAUGGCCGCAUUGGAAUAGACCUAGUUGUAGAUGAGGCCGAGCAUGCUCUUCAGCAAGAAAUAACUACAAUACUUGGAGGUCAAGCUCUCAUGAAAAGGACCCUGGAGCAGCUUAACGAACAGAUGAGACGCUUGCGAGCUACUCGUUACCUCCUGGAUCGAGAUCUCCAGUAUAAACAACACGCAAUCGAUUGUGAUAAAGGCUCACUGUCUCUAAAACCUACGGAUCUUUGCCUAGCAGUUUAUGAAGGUUACGCAAAUUUGGAUCCAGGUAACAUUUCAGCUGAAGAAUAUAAUGCUUACUCUGCAAAUAAUAUUAAACUUGCGGCAAGAGAAGUGACCAGCGCACGUCCAAUCCGAAUGUUUGUUGAUACAUUGCUGAAGCAGGUGAUCGAUGAUCUAUGGGUCGCUUACAAGAAAUGUAACCAUGCGUUCUCUGAAAGAAUAAUAGAGACGAAAAUAGCGAAAGGCAAGCUUGAGGAUAUGCAUCGGGAGACAACUCAGCUGAUAGCUGAUAUGCAGAAUAAUAUUUUGGAGUUGAAAAAGGCAUUAGCACAGAAGGAAGGUAAUGUGGGUUUGGCGCAUAUUCGGCUUGGAAGGCGAGCUCAGAGGGUCGGUGCGGAGUUGGUCAGAGAUCCUCCUGGACAGGCGCUGUAUUACGAAAGUGAAAUGUUGCGCCACAGCGUCGAACAACUUCAACAGAUGCUGCAAGAAGCGACUUCUUCUCUUCGCUAUCUCUUACAAACACAGAUCCAAUUAGAAGAAGACAUCAACGUAAAAAUGAACACGUUGAAGAUUGACGAAGUCGAUUGCAUGACAUUGAGAGAAACUAUGGAUUAUCAUGCGUAUUGAUUAGUGAUUAAAUCUGCAUUUUCUAUUUAGCAGAAAUCUGAAAUAGAGUGGACAUUAGUUUUCAUUUUGUAUUAUUUUUCCACACACAUUUCUAAAUUUAUUUGUUCUAGAAAUACAACUAUUAUUGAGUA